AUGGCAUUCAUGUCACAACCAAUAACCUCAUCACUUACUACCACAACGUCUACCUUAAGAUUACCUGUUCUUUCAUCGUGUAGUCGAUCAUUUUCUCCAAGCUCAGCAACGUUUACAUAUCUUCCUGUAUCUAUAAAAUUGCAAGAUCCCUCCACAUUGGAGUUGUCAGACUAUCAAAUAAUCUUUGAUGUGAGACCUUUUAAACAAUACUCGAAAUCAAGGAUCCAUACUUUGGUAGAUUUAUGUAUUCCUACCACAUUAUUAAAACGGAAAUCUCUUGACUUGAUAGAGAUAUUAAAGAACUUCGUGAAUGUGCCCAAAGAUAUAAAAGAUUUGAUACUAGCCAAGUUGAUUGAAGAGGCACCAAGCACCAAGAUCAAAGUAUUGAUAUACGACUCUAACUCAAAAGGAGAUCUGGUUUCAUAUUCGCUCUAUCAAACAUGUCUUCGAUUUGAAUCUUACGCUGACAAAUUUGAAGUAUUCAUGUUAAACGGAGGAAUUCAAAAUGUCAACUCCGACUUAAUAGAAGAGAAUAAGAUAAACACCAACAUACACAACCUCAACGGACUAGUCUUACCUUCACCAGACAAGACUUCAUUCAAUUCAAUAAUAAAAAAAGAAACUAACAUAUCAUCAAGAUACCACCAUCAAAAUCUCUCACUUCCCAAGCUUUCGCAACAUCCCAACUGGUUAAAGUUUGUUGUUCAUAAAGAUCACCCUACAUUACUACAACAUUUCAUUGAUUUGUUUAUUAAAAUAGAAACGUUGGAGCGGAAUAGACUAACCAGGCUCACUUCACCAGACUUUAUCGCUUCAAGUCCACCAUGUUGUUCUCCAUGUCGCAACAUCUCAUUCACACUUCCUCGAGGUAUCGAGUACGGGUAUAAGAACAGAUAUAAUAAUAUAUGGCCCUAUGAACAUUCCCGAGUCAAGCUUGAUUCCAAAGGCGAUGACUAUUUCAAUGGCAACUAUAUUGAUGUCAACCCUAUAAUUCACAACCAAUUCAAAUAUAUCGCAACGCAAAAUCCAUUAGCCUCUACUGUUGACGACUUCUGGACUACAGUAUUGCAACAAGAAGUCGAUCUCAUUAUCAACUUAGAGAACAAACCUUCAAACUACUUCAACCAUCCUGCGAUUACUUCAUGUGAAACUAUUGAAAGUAAUAGCUCUUACACUGUCACGAAAAUCAAUAAUAAGAUUUUCCAUUUACAUUACUCAAAUUGGCCAGAUUUCGGUAUUCCUAAUUUCAACACAUUAAUCGAGUUUAUUGAACUCAAAAAUGACCUAUUUGAUAAGCAUGGCCUUUCUAACAAGGUGCUCGUUCACUGUUCGGCCGGAUGUGGUAGAACAGGAGUGUUCAUAACCAUAGAUUCAUUAAUACAAGGCUGGUUAAACAACAGAACCGCUAUCAUCUCCGAAGAAAGUGAUUUAAUAUUCAGAUUAAUUAUGCAUGAGCGGAGACAAAGAAUUAGCAUGGUUCAGAAUUUAGAUCAAUUUAUUGUCUGUUAUCAAUUAUUCUUACAUUAUUUAAGUCAACAACAAUCUUAA